AUGCCGUCCGAAGGCGUCCGAUCCAGCUCCAGAAGCGCCUACAGUAAGCGGAGCCGCAGCAAGUCGAGAAAGUCGAGGAAAACUUCGCGAGUGAGGAUUUCGAUCAGAAAAUUGUGGGAAAUUCGAUUUUUUUUUUUCUCAGAGCAAUCGGGUUUACGAAGGCAACGCUGAUACUCAAUGGACCGUCGUGUGUUUUUUUUUUAAUUACAGAAGAUUUCAAGGAGUUCUAAGUUUUUUUUUUGUGAGGUUGAGCUCGAUUUGAAUAGGUCUAGGUUUAAGUCAAGGGUGCUUUUUCAGGCUUGAUUCGAGAAGGUUUAGGCUAGAUUUGGAUGGAUCUAAGACUAAUUUUAGUAAGGCUUUCCGAUUCUAGACAAUUUCACUAGGUUAAGUCUGGAUAUAGAAAAUCUAUUUUCAGUAGGUCCACGGCUUGAUUCCAGUUUCAGUAGGUCCACGGCUUGAUUCCAGAAAGUUGAGGGUGCUUUUUCAGGCUUGAUUAGAGUAGUUUUAGGCCAGAUUUGGAUGGAUUUAAGCCUGGUUUCAGUAAGGCUAAGCUCAAGCUUUCGAUGCUGGACUGUUUCACUAGGUUAAGUCUGGAUUCUAGAAAAUCUAAGGAUGGUUAUAGUGAGUCGUGAUCUGAUUUCGGUGGUCUAGCUUUUUUCAGUAGGCCCAGGGCUUGAUUUCAGAAAAUCGAGGGUGCUUUUUCAGGCUUGAUUCGAGUAGGUCUAGGCCAGAUUUAGAUGGAUCUAAGCCUGGUUUCAGUAAGACUAAGCUCAAUUUUUCGAUUUUAACCAUUUCACUAGGUUUAGUCUUGACUUCAGAAAAUCUAAGAAUGGUUAUAGUGAGUCGUGGUCUGAUUUCAGGUGGUUUAGCUUUUUCAGUAGGUCUAGGUUCAAUUCCAGAAAGUCGAGGGUGCUUUUUGAUUCGAGUAGGUCUAGACUAGAUAUAGAUGGAUCUCAGCCUGGUUUCAGUAAGGUUAAGCUCAAGCUUUCGAUGCUAGACUGUUUUAUUAGGUUCAGUUUGGAUUUAAGAGCGUUGAAGCUUGAUAAUAAGGAGCCGGGGUCUGAUUUAAGUAGAUCUAUCUUUUUUCAGAAGGUCUAGGAAUUCAGUUAGGCCAAGGCUCGAUUUCUCGAUUCUAGACCAUGUCAUUAGGUUUAGUCUGGACUUUGGAACAUCUUAGGGUCGUGGUCUGAUUUCAGUGGAAAUUAGCGUUUUUCCAGUAGGUCUAGGCUUCAAUCCAGUCGUGGCCUGAUUUAAGUAGGUCUAGCUUUUUUCAGUGAGCUUGUUGAAGACAACCUUGAUUCGAUUGAACUUUCUUAAAGAGUCUAAAGCUGAUUUCAAUAAGUAUAUCUAGACAAGGUUCCAGUUUUAAGUAUGUCUAGGUCGUAUUUUACAAAAUCUGGGCUUGGCUUCAAUAACCAGGUUUAAUUUCAAUGGCUAUAGGCUUGAAUUAGAUAUAUCUAAACAUUGUUUCGAUGCGUUUUAGCUCUAAAUAAGUCGUUUUUUCUCGAGCUCAAGACUAUUUCUCAGGACUCUGACCCUUCCGAGUCGGCGUUGGACUCGGUCACCUCGGAAUUUUCGGUUCCACCCCUGCCAAGAGCCACUGAAGAACGUCCGACCGCCGUUUCAGAUCCGGCUCUUGAGGAACAUUACCGUGGCGUUAUGCGCAAAAAAGAGGUAGGAUUUUGUGCGGAAAUUAGGAAAAACGGGCACAUUUUUGUGAGACUUGACAGUUCAAAAGUGAUCCAUCAGACCUAAUUUUAAUCUUAAAAAAAACCAUUUUCGUUCCAUUUCAGUGUCUCAGAGCAGGUUCAUUCUGAUUUCGAGUUGUAUAGCGAGUAAUGUGUUUUUUUUUAUUGAUUUUUAAAGAGUACUGUAGACCUUAGCGGUUACUGUAGUCAAUUUGGAAAUGGAUCGACUUCAGGCCGCCCGUCUGGUCCGCCGCGACGACUUCAUACUGUAUUACCGUGUCCCUUCGAAGCAAACCUUCCCGGUGCAUAUCCAGCUGAUGCUCUGCCAUCGGAACACUCUGGACAAGGUAUACUUGAUCAGAAAUGCCCGGGUCGCACUGGGAAUGGCUCGACUGAGAAACUCUAAGUUUUUCAGACAGUUUGCUAGGAAUUGAGCUUCUGAAAAAAGUCGAUAAAAGCAAAAUAUGAACUUGUGGUCUUAAUUUGGACAUGAAGUUUGUAAAAAAAAAGGUAUAGGCCCUCAAAAAAUCACCAAAACUUGUUCUUUGAAAUAAAGCAAGGCUCACUAAAUGCAUUUUAACACGCUGGUUUCGAAUCGAUGGUAAGAAUCUGCCGAUGAAGUUUGUGGAAAAAUCUAUGAGCCUUUGAAAAUUUAACCAAGAUUAAGACGUCCGCCCCCCUCUGGAUCUUAAUCAUCCAUAGGCUCUAAAAAAUCUUUUUACUCAUUCAAAUAACAAAACUACAUUAUAGUUAUUUCAAAAGUCAAGUAUAUACCUUGUUGUGCUCUGAAUUUUUCGAAAAAAGUGUAGAAAAAAGUUUUGGCCGCGCAAAAAAAUUCACCCAAACUAGUAGGGUUUUUGCUUGUUGGAAGCCUAGAUUAUGUGACGAAUGGGGGGAAAAACGCCUUAUUUCUGAAAAUAUUGGCUUUUCGUCAUCACCUAUGUCACCUUUUAGAGUGGGCUCUAUUGGAAAUAUUGAUUUUUUCAAUUUUUUAAGUGGCCCAUAUUUUUUUUUCUUCUCGGCUAUUUUUAAGCAAAGUUCCGAAAUAAUUUCAAAUUCCACAUUUAAAUUUUGAUCAGAACUCAGUCGAGUGCAUUUUUGGUCAACCUUGACUCUUUGAGCCGUUCUGAGGAAAAUGAAAGAAUUCCAGAUUUACCAUUUUCCCGUCGUGAAACACACGGAGAACAACAACUCUCAUUGGUGGACCGUUUUGAUCAAUAAUCAGCCGACCCAAUUGGUAAGGAUCUUCGAUUUUAUUCGCAAACUGGCUUGAAAAGUGUGAAAAUUUCUUUUUUCAACAGCCUAACUUUCAUUGACCUUCAGUUUCCACUCUAGAACCGCUUUGCGUACCUUUCAAAUCGGGAAAAAUUGAUUUUCUACUGAUUAAUUGCCAGGAGCACGUUUUGAUUGUGUAAAAAAAAGCGAAAAUAUCGACAAAAACAUAGUAAAGGGAUAAAAUUUAGUUUUCUAUACAAGAACAAAAAUAGUCGUACAGCUUCAUUAGGAAAAUUUGGAAUAAAAAGUGAUAUUUUGGACCUUGGUAGAGCAACCCGGACGUCUCUAAGCCUCUCUAGGGACCACUUUAGCAGUGUCAGAACUCUUAAGUGAUCCCUAGAAAAAUUUGGAAUAAAAAGGGAUAUUUUGGACCUUGGUGGAGCAACCCGGACGUUUCUGAGCCUCUCUAGGGACCACUUUAGCGUUGUCAGAACUCUUAAGCGAUCCCUAGAAAUAUUUGGAAUAAAAAGGGAUAUUUUGGACCUUGGUAGAGCAACCCGGACGUCUCUGAGCCUCUCUAGGGACCACUUUAGCGUUGUCAGAACUCUUAAGUGGACCCUAGAAAAAAUUCAAAUAAAAAGGGAUAUUUUGGACCUUGGUGGAGCAACCCGGACGUUUCUGAGCCUCUCUAGGGACCACUUUAGCGGUGUCAGAACUCUUAUGUGGACCCUCGAAAAAUUUUGAAUAAAAAGGGAUAUUUUGGACCUCGGUAAAGCAACCUUGACGUUCUGAGCCUCUCUAGGGACCACUUUAGUGGUGUCAGAACUCUUAAGUGAUCCCUAGAAAAAUUCGGAAUAAAAAGGGAUGUUUUGGACCUCGGGCAUUUCUAAGCCUCUCUAGGGACCACUUUAGCAGUGUCAGAACCCUUAAGUGAUCCCUAGAAAAAUUUUGAAUGAAAAGGGAUAUUUUGGACCUCGGGCAUUUCUAAGCCUCUCUAGGGACCACUUUAGCAGUGUCAGAACUCUUAAGUGAUCCCUAAGACUGCUCGGAAACGUCCUGAUUGCGUUACCGAGGUCCGAUAUAUCAAAAAAGCUGUGAGAUCAAGAAAAAAGCUUUUCGAUCAAUUUUCAGAAAGUUUUUCAUGGAACAAGCUUUUCUGAUAGUGAUGAUAAUGAAAUUUGAAUUUGAAAUUUAAAAAUUUAGUUCCGAAACCUGUCGGACCUCGUCCGCUGCUAUCACCUCUACCGUUACACCGACGCUCGGAAUGGCCGUAGUGAGGUCAGUUUUUCGAUUUUCUGAUUUUCCGAACUCUGGAACUUUCUCCAGGUGUUCCCCCUGUGGAAAGGCGGCCUUAUCGACGCCCACCAAUAA